AUGUCCAACGAUACGAUGAAAGCCGUCGUCUUCCACGGCACUCUCGAUGUUCGUCUUGAAGAUCAUAUUCGGCAUUAUGUGGCAGGUAAGUUGGUUUAUGUUCAUUCGUUCGUUCACGAUAUCCUCACCUUAUCUUACCUUGCGCAUCAACGUAAGAAGUUAGAAUUACCAUUAAUCAAUUCCACACAUAGUGAACUGCACGUAUUCCGCGGCCACCAACCUUCGAAAACGGGCUUUAUCAUGGGCCAUGAGACGACGGGUAUCAUUAUCGAGGUAGGCAACGAAGUCAAGAUACAUGCGAAAGGCGAUUCGAUCGUCAUGCCUUUUACCGUGUCGUGUGGGAAAUGUUUUUAUUGUACAAGAGGCUAUUCGUCGCGGUGUGAGGAGUGUUUGUUGUUCGGAUGUCCGCUGUUGGAUGGUGGGCAGGCGGAGUAUAUGAGAGUUCCGUUGGCGGAUGCGACGGCUGUGAAGGCCCCGGAGGGAAUCGAUGAGAGGAUGUUGAUAUUGAUGGCGGAUAUAUUUCCGACGGGGUAUUUCGCAGCCCGGAAUGCUUUUGAGGGGAUGGAGAGCGAGACUAUAGGUAAUAGUGUGGUGGUUUUGAUUGGAUGUGGACCGGUGGGUUUGUGUGCGUUAAUUAAUGUUUUGGAAUAUAAACCCAAAGUCGUGAUCGCUAUCGAUCGGGUAGAAAGUCGAUUGGAGUUGGCGAAGAAGUUGGGGGCUGAGCCGUGGAAUGAUCAGACGCAUAAAGAGGGGUUGACGAAGCGAGUAAAGGAGUUAACCGAUGGACGAGGAGCCGAUUGCGUUAUUGAGGGAGUGGGUCAUUCGGAUGCGCUGAGGACGGGAUUCGAUCUAUUGAGGCCUUGGGGAACUAUUGCAAGUUUUGGUAUGUUGACUGCUUGA